UGUUAGUUGUUAAAAGAGUUUGCUACCCAAAGGUUGUGGCUAACGGGUAUUCUUUUUCUAAAUAAUUAAAUUGUGUUGAAUUAAAAAAAAUGUUUGUAGCUUAAGUCUUUUGUUUGCUAGCUUUAUAACACACCAACACUAAAAGUUUGUUGCUUAAGUCUUUCGUUUAUUCUAAACCCUACUACUUAAACUCAAUAAAAUAAACAACAACAAAAACCAAUAAAUAUCUAAACAAAAUCCUGUAAAUAAGGAAAAAAAAUAAACGAGUGCAUGUUCAUAACAAAUAAAUUUAAAUUUUAUGUAAAAUUUCAUUUCAACAUUUGAAUUAGAUUUUUACUUAAUUAGUGUUAUAACAACAUCAUAAAUCCUAAAAAAUAUUAUUAAACAAAAAAAUAAAAUAAUAAUAAAGAAAAGCAAAUAAUUUCAAAACGAAAACAAAAAAAAAUCAUUAAAAAAUGAGAGUGUAUUCAACAAACCUAAACAAUUGUUUUAGAAAAAGUGCAAAAAAUAACACAAAUUUAAUGCAUUUCAAACAGCAAAAAAAACUUCAUGAUAUUGUUCAUCAUCAUGAUGAUCGCGAGCCGUGGUCAUUGCCUAUAAAACAUAGUUAUUUUUUCGCUUUCGUCUUCGUUACGCUUUUCAUGCAACAUUAUGUGAUUAUUGCAACGGCCACAAAUGAUGCUACCAAAUUUAACAGUGGCUCUUUGCUUGAUGGUGGCAUAACAAAAGGAUUUAGAAACCGCAUGCGCUCACCGAAAAUCUCCAGUAUACAUAAUGUCCAAGUUGUUGGCAAAAGUCUACCAAAGAAUCGUGUUGCUGUGGAGCCAACAGUAGCUGAUGAUAAUCAAACAAAUAUUAUAGCACCAGCUGCUGGUAAAUUUGAAAUACACAGUGUUUCGGGUGAACCCAACUAUAAAUAUGUAAACUUGACUUGGGAAGUGGAAUUUGUUGGAACCGAUGAUGCAGAUGCUAUAACAAAUAGCAGCGCCGAAGUAGAACCACCCUCAUCAUUUCAGGUAUUUUUUUGUGAAAUACAAUCUUUUGGUCCACACCGCUGCAGAUCCAAAGUUGUUAAUGGUUCUACUUCUUUACAAAUGUAUGAUAAUACAGACAAUGAUUUGGAAGUAGUUGAUAAAAUAAGACAAGUUCGUCAAUAUAUGACACAAGUUGAUAACCUUAGAAUGGCCACCAAAUAUAGUUUUCAUAUACGUUCCCUACCCAAACAUAAAAACAUGAAAGUAACAGGACGUUCGGAAAUCUUUAAUAAUGAAAUUGAGGGUGAAGAUUUCCUAAGUAAUAAUAUGGUUCAGGGACAAACUAUUGUUGUUCCCACAAAAGGAUUUUCAGCCCAAGCUACUAGAUGUUUGCCUACUGCUUCUGAAAUUGAAGUUGAAACUGGUCCAUAUUUUGGUGGCAAAAUCGUGGUUGAUGGCGGUAAUUGCGGCAUUAAGGGUGAUCCUAAUGAUGCUAAAGAUAAAUAUGUCAUGCGUAUUGAUCAUAAGGCUUGUGGCAGUAUGGUUAAACCGGAAACGAAUACAGUGGAAACCUUUAUAACAGUACAAGAGAAUUUGGGCAUAUUUACGCAUAGUACAAGAAGAUUUGUUGUUGUUUGCAGUUAUCAAUCUGGUUUACAAACGGUACGAGCCAGUUUCUCAGUGCCCGGACGUGGUGGUGCCUCUGCAGUACAACAAGAUCAUUACGAUGAAGAGGAACGAAUGGGCAGAGGUUUAAAACCCAUGCGUUAUGUAGACAAAAGUGAAUUAGUGUUAAAAGAAACAACAGAAAACAAUCGAGUUGGGGCAUCAGAAGAAACCCAAGCCAUGGUUGAAGAAAUGGACAAUCCAACAAUAAACUAUAAUAACAGUCUUCAUGAUGAUAAUAAUGAUGCUUCACUGGUCACAACGGAUGAUGAUCAAACAAAUGCAGUUGCAACAUUGGAAAAUAUAAUACCGGGCAUAAAUGAAGAACAUAUUAAACAUCAACAACAAACGGAAGUUAAUGAAAAUAAAGUGCAAGAUGAAGAAAGUGAGCUAAAACACAGUAUAGAAUACAAUGAAGGCAGUGGUGUGGCAGCCACAACUAAUGUCAAUGAUGAUGCUAACGAUGAUAUUGAAGAUGAGGAAGCAGAUGUUGCUGCUGCUAAUGUUAUCGAUAUUGAGGCUAAACAUGAUCAACAAAAAUUUUCAGCCAAAUUUGCCAAACUAACAUUAGAUCGCAAUGAAAAUGCUCAAAUGGAUGAAGAUGAUAGUGAUGAUGAUUUUGGAGCCACACCCACAGGGCGAGGUUUUGGUUCUGGUUUCGAAUUAAUUUCUCUCAACAUGGGCAGUGUCAUGUUGACGGUAUUAUUAUCUGUGAUAUUAAUUGGUAUUUUCAUUUAUGUUUUAUAUCGUGAAACAAAUUUACCACCUCCUAUAACAUCAGCAUCAUCUUCUACUUCGCUUAACGCCUCUAACAGACAUCAUCAUCAUCAUCACCACCACCAUCAGCACUUGCACGAAGUGGACGACACUUUACCCAGAACAUUAAGAACCAAAAAUCAGGAUUUAUUGGCUUAACAUUACAUAAGCCUAGUUUACAAUUAUCUUUUAUAUAUAAAAUACGAUCAUAUUUUUAAAGCAAUUUUUAUACUGUUUAAUAUCAUUCCCGCUUUUUUUGUAAACUACGCUUUAUUGUCUUGCUGAAAUUUUGCUGAAUAUGAAUUUAAUUCGAAUCGAAUUGAAUUUUAGUUAAAUAUUUCAUUUCAAAACGACUAAGCGUAGGCAUCGUGAUGCAAUUUUCUUCCCUCCUAUUAUACGUAUUCUUAUUUUUAUAAAAUAAACACAGUUAAUACUCGUAUCAAAGACAUCGUGUUAAAAAUAUUGUUUAAAAAAUAUUAGUUGAGUUUUCGGAAAAAUUUUUUCGAGGGUCCAUUUUUGUUAAUUCGAUUUCCUAGAAAAAAUUGGUCCUUCUAACAAAAGAUAUCAAUGCAAAGAUUUGUGAGUUCGAAAAGUACUUUUAUUGCAUCAGCUGGUAAGUGCUGAUAACUAGCCCCAGUGCUGGUUCAGAUAAGUUCUUAUUCAAUUCUAAUUCAGUGCUAGUUCAGUUCUAGUUCAGUUCUAGUUCAGUUCUAGUUCAGUUCUAGUUCAGUUCUAGUUCAGUUCUAGUUCAGUUCUAGUUCAGUUCUAGUU